CUUUGCUUUGGGACAGGCAGCUGCUGAAGCUGACUCCCACAGGGUUAAACUGAGUUGCUGAAGCCAACCCCUCUUCUCCUCCCAGUCCCCGUUUUCACAGUAGGCUGGCAGCUGUCCCAACUGCCUACCGGAGCCAAAUGCUUAAGGAGAGAAAGGAGCCAGCUAUGAAUCCCUUCCAGAAAAAUGAGUCAAAGGAAACUCUUUUUUCACCUGUCUUCACUGAAGAGGUACCACCUCAACCCCCGAGCCUUCCAAAGAAGCCACCUCCGAAAAUUUGUGGCUCCAACUAUCCACUGAGCAUUGUCUUCAUUGUGGUGAAUGAAUUCUGUGAGCGCUUUUCCUAUUAUGGCAUGAAAGCUGUGCUGACCCUGUAUUUCCUGUAUUUCCUGCAUUGGAAUGAAGACACUGCCACAUCUCUAUACCAUGCCUUCGGCAGCCUCUGUUAUUUCACUCCCAUCCUGGGAGCAGCCAUUGCUGACUCAUGGUUGGGAAAAUUCAAGACAAUCAUCUAUCUCUCCCUGGUGUAUGUGCUUGGCCAUGUGAUCAAGUCUGUGGGUGCCUUACCAAUACUGGGGGGACAAACAGUACACACGAUCCUAUCAUUGACUGGCCUCAGUCUAAUAGCUUUGGGGACUGGAGGUAUCAAACCCUGCGUGGCAGCUUUUGGUGGAGACCAGUUUGAAGAAAAACAUGCAGAGGAACGGACUAGAUACUUCUCAAUCUUCUACCUGUCCAUCAAUGCAGGGAGCUUGAUUUCUACAUUUGUUACACCCAUGCUGAGAGGAGAUGUCCAAUGUUUUGGGGAAGACUGCUAUGCAUUGGCUUUUGGAGUUCCAGGACUGCUUAUGGUCAUAGCUCUUGUUGUGUUUGCAAUGGGAAGCAAAAUAUACAAAAAAUCACCUCCUGAAGGAAACAUAGUGGCUCAAGUUCUCAAGUGUAUCUGGUUUGCUCUUUCCAACCGUUUCAAGAACCGUUCCCAGGACAUUCCAAAGCGACAGCACUGGCUGGACUGGGCAGCCGAAAAAUACCCAAAGCAGCUCAUUAUGGAUGUGAAGGCAUUGACCAGGAUACUAUUCCUUUAUAUCCCAUUGCCCAUGUUCUGGGCUCUUUUGGAUCAGCAGGGCUCACGAUGGACUUUGCAAGCCAUCAGGAUGAAUGGGAAUUUGGGUUUUUUUGUGCUUCAGCCGGACCAGAUACAGGUUCUAAAUCCCUUUCUGGUUCUUAUCUUCGUCCCAUUGUUUGACCUGGUCAUUUAUCCUCUCGUCUCCAAAUGUGGAAUUAACUUCUUAUCGCUGAGGAAAAUGGCUGUUGGUAUGAUCUUAGCAUGCCUGGCAUUUGCUGUUGCAGCAGCUGUAGAGAUAAAAAUUGAUGAAAUGACUCCACCCCGGCCAGGUCCCCAAGAAAGUUUACUCCAAGUCUUGAAUCUGGCAGAUGAUGAGGUGAAGUUAACGGUGCUGGGAGAUGAAAAUAAUCCUCUGUUGGAAGAGUCCAUCAAAUCCUUUCAGAAAAUGCCACACUAUUCCAAACUCCAUCUGAAGGCAGAAAGCCAGGAUUUCCACUUCCACCUAAAAUAUCACAAUUUGUCUGUCUAUACUGAGCAUUCUGUGGAGGAGAAGAAUUGGUACAGUCUGAUCAUUAGAAUAGAUGGAAAAAGUAUUUUCAGCAUGAUGGUGAAGGAUACAGAAAACAAAGCAAGCAAUGGGAUGACAUUUGUGAGGUUUGUUAACACUUUACAUGAAGAGGUCAACAUCUCCCUGGACAAAAAUAUCUCCCUCAGUGUUGCUGAAGACUAUGGUGUGUCUGCUUACACAACUGUGCAAAGAGGAGAAUACCUUGCAGUGCCUUGUAGAACAAAAGAUAAGGACUUUUCAUUGAAUUUGGGCUUACUCGAGUUUGGUGCAGCUUAUCUGUUUAUUAUUACUAAUGUAAGUAGCUCAUGGCCACCCCCACUCUCUCUUCCACAUGUCCAAAUCGAUAUCUGUAUAUAUAUCUGUGUUUGUGUCUGUAUCUAUCCUGGGGUCCAAAGAAUCUGUGGCAAGACAAGAUUGCAUACUUAUUUCCAGUGUAAGACAGUAGAUUCUAUAGUGACUUUAGAAAGCCUACUAAGGUGUCCAUAGGGGACUUUAAAAAGAUAACAUUGGCAGCAGGCACAGAGUCUUGGGGAAUGGGAGACAUAAUUUAUCUUGAGCCAUUGUUAUGAGGUGACAUGGUCUGCUCCAGUCUUAUUAUGGCUCCAAGGAAACAAAGAUUAUUUACCUCUUCUUGACUGAUUACACAUACAGGUCUCUGGCUUCCUAGAAAUUGAUCCACAGUCUGAAGUAUGAAGAUUAGUAGCAAAUGUCAAUUUCUCCAUAAAGUUUGGGGGCAUUAGUUAACUGUGGUCCAUCGAAAGCAACUGCCUCAGCAGUCAGGGCAGGG